AAAUCCUACGACAACAUCCCCCCGUACACCCCCAUGAAAUCCCUCGGCCACGAACUCGGCAUCCUCUUCGGCUUCCUCGUCGCCUGCUUCGUCGUAAUGGGCGUCUACGUCUACGUCUGGCAUGGUGAGUUUCGUCUCCUCCACCCAACCCAACCCAACCCACCGUCAUUCACCUGUUGCCUCCCCCUCCCCCUCCGACCAAAAUAUUGAGAAAAAGUCCCAGCCGCCGAACGCCGCGAAGCCCACCGCGACAAACUCCGGCACCAGAUGCUCGACACCCGGCGCGUGGACCCGCACUUCCACGAGCAGCGCCUGCACCCGGACUACCGGCCCAUGGGCACCUCGA